GAACCAAAUGAAGCAAUGUCAGGGAAAGAAGACUCUUCAAAAAAUGUUGAAAAUAAAAUCCUUGAAAGUAGAGUAUCUUUGAAGAGUAUUGAAAGUAAAAAUACAGAAGCAAAUCUGCAGUCUAAGCCUUGGUUAUCUUCCUUUUUAAAAGAAAGCACAGGUAAAGUGGGCAAAGAUGCAGUCAUUGUAGAGCAAGAGAAAAAGAUUGAAUACUGCCUUCGAGAUAUUGAUGACAAGUUGUCUGAAUCAACAGAUGACGAUGGUGAAGAUGAUAGCAAUGAGGAAGAAAAUGAUGAAUACAGUAGUCCUAAUAAGGAUACUCAUGCCCCAUUAGAGCUCAUGGCAGAAUUCCUAAGAGCAGAAAUGGGUCAAGACUACCAUCUAGCAAAAAAAUUAUGUCAAAUGAUUCUAAUCUAUGAACCAGAAAAUCCAGAGGCCAAGGAGUUUUUCUCACUUAUUGAAGAAUUGUUGCUGAUGGAGAAAGCUCAGGAUCUUGAGGAAGAUGAAGAUAGUGAAGAUGACAGUAGCCGGGAGAGUGAAGGAGAAAGCAGUGAGGAGCAAACUGAAGAAAGCUCUGAUGAGUGUGAAGACAGCUGAUGAAAGUUGCCAUCAUUUAAUUUCCAUGUAUUUUCCUUACUGUAUACAAUCAAAUAAA